AAGUUCUCAUUCUUACAUUCUCAUUACUCAGGUCCAUAUUUUUCCGAUCCUGGUUCGAUUUUGACGCGCCUCGGAAAUCCACGGGCGGUGAAAGAGCUAUUGAUUGGUUUCGAGUCUCGACAAACCCCGGAACUCCACGGGUUGUACAAAAUCACUGCGGAUACGACCCCACAUCCAUAUCCCGGUCUACCACCGCACUGGAGGCGAGGCACCAAUGUAAGCACUGAUCCCAAUCAUGAGGAGACAGCGGAACAAGCGGAACCUGGAAAGCAAUCUCCGACGGUGAGCGUGAGCAAAGCGCAAAGAAAGUGCGGGGACAGUCCCGGGCAAGGGGGCGGCAAAGCACAGCAAAGAGGUGGUGAGCUACCGCUGAUCUCGCAUUCGAGGCGAGGCGCCGACGUACGCACUGAUCCCGGCCAAGAGGAGACAGCGGCACAAGCGGAGGCUGGAGAAAGCGAUCUCUGAUGGUGAGCGCGAGUAAAGCGCAAAGAAAGCGCGGGGACGGUCCCGGGCAAAGGGGUGGCAAGGCACAACGAAGAGGCGGUGAGCUAUCACUGAGCACGGGCUACUCGUGCUUGAUGGUGGUGACAAUUGAGGCGUCCGAAGCAUAAUGCAGCUAAUAUAUACAUUUAGAAUGAAGGACGAUGUACUACGACCAUUAAAUAGCACGUCCGACGUGAGCGCGGGGCUGACGCGAUGAGCAGCGACG